CUGCAGGGGGAGCCGUGUGUGAUGGGGCAGAAGCAGAUCUACCAGAGGCGCCGGCCCGGGAGCCACUGCAUGCCGGGGGGGGAUUUCUCCACCGUCCAGUCGGCCGAGUCCUGCAUCUGCCGGGCCCACGACUUCGAGUGGUACAGAAAGGUGGUGCUGAACAACUGCACCAAAGGGGUGAAGGAGCUAUACACGGCCAGGAAGCAGCAGUGCCCCAACAGGCCCCCCCGAGGGCUCGCCCUCACCACCAAGGACGGGAAGCUGACCGCCACCCUGGGCAGCAACGUCACCUUCCUGGUGCACCUGGAUGAGGGGGACUCCAUGCGGACCAACAUCCAGCUGGACUUCGGGGACGGCACGGCGGUGUCCUACUCCAACCUGAGCUGGACGGAGGACGGGAUCCGCCACGCCUACCGGGCCCCCGGGAUCCUCAGGGUCACCGCGCAGGCCGACAACGCGCUGGGCUCCCAGGCCGCCGCCCUCUUCCUGCACGUCACCUGUCCGGUGGAGCAGGUCCAGCUUCUGGCCCCCUUCGUGGUCAUCAGGAACAAGGAGGUGAACCUCAGCGCGCUGGUCCUGCCCAGCCAGCCCCGAACUCUCACCUACUUCUGGUGGCUGGGCAACAGCACCGAGCCUCUGGUGACUCUGGAUGGCAGCAUCUCUCACAGCUUCAGCGGCGAGGGCUCCCACACCGUCACCGUGCAGGUUUCUGCCGCCGGCAGCAUCCUGCAGGACAGCCGGGCCAUCGCCGUCCGGGAGUUCUUCAAGUCUCUGCUCCUGUCUUUCUCCCCAAACCUGGACGAGUUCAACCCCGACAUCCCGGAGUGGAGGCUGGACGUGGGGAGGGUCAUUAAGAGGGCUCUGCUCCAGGUGACCGACUUCCCGGAGGAGCAGCUCCUGGUGGCCGUGUUCCCCGGAGUCCCGACGGCCGCCGAGCUCUUCCUGCUGCCCAAGAGGAACCAGUCCGAGGGCCGGAAGAGGAGCGAGGAGGAGCUGGAGAAGGCCUCCGCGGCCAUCAUCAGUGCCCUGAACCAGAACCUGGUGGAGUUCGAGCUGAAGCCGGGCGUCCGGGUCAUCGUCUACAACACGCAGCUCACGCUGGCGCCCCUGGUGGACUCCACCCCCCGACACAGCAGCUCGGCCAUGCUCAUGCUCCUGUCCGUGGUCUUCCUGGGCCUGGCCGUCUUCCUGAUCUACAAGUUUAAGAGGAAAAUCCCCUGGAUCAACAUCUACGCGGAGGUGAACCAGGAGAAGGAGCAGGAGAUGAUCGGCUCGGUGGGCCCGGGCGACGGCACGCCCAAGAUCACCCUGAGCGAGUUCACCGCCUCCAAGGAGCUGCUGGAGAAGGAGCUGGACGCCAGGGCCAAGCGUGGAGUCGGGAACGCCUGUGAGAGCACAAGGGAGAUCCCCAACUGCACCAGCGUGUGA